UGAGUAGAUACUUACCAAACUCAUAAGAGAUGAUACAUUCGUGUUGCCUUACUGGAGUUGGGAUUCUCUCCCAGGCAUGGUACUCCCUAGUAUGUAUCUUAAUGGAUCUUUCUAUGAUAAAGAGCGGGAUCAAUCUCAUCUCCCACCCCAUGUUGCCGACUUCAACUAUCAUUCCGAAUUGCCCCCAUUUCCUUCUGAGAACCAAAUACUCGCCAACCUUGCCUUCAUGCACAAUCAAAUGGUUUCUGGUGCAAAGAAAUCUGAGCUUUUCAUGGGCUGUAAGUACAAAGCCAGUGAAGAGGGCUUCUGCAAAGGAGCAGGAACGGUGGAACAAGCUCCCCACAACGCAUUGCACUCAUGGGUUGGGAGCAAUGUGCAAUUUGAGAGAGAGAACAUGGGGGCUUUCUAUGCAGCUGCACGUGACCCUAUCUUCUAUGCACACCAUGCAAACAUUGACCGCCUAUGGUUAAUCUGGAAGAAGCUAAGAGGGAACGGCCCUGAGUUCGUUGACCUUGAGUGGCUCGACUCUUACUUCUACUUCUAUGAUGAGAAUGCCCAACUUACUCGCUUCAAGAUACGUGAUUGCUUAGACAUAACUAAGCUCAGGUACACUUACCAGGAGUCAGACCUUCCUUGGCUCAUUGCACGCCCUAAGCCAUCCAUUCCUCCUAAAAUUGCACGCAACAUAUGA